AUGAGGAUUUCUUGUAAGAGAGAUUUUGUUGUUGUGUGGAAACAAGGAAGCAGAGAGAGAGAGAGACAAGUAGGAUAGAAGAUGAGAGAGGCUUUGGAAGUGAAUUUGAGGGAUAAGGAGAGGGAGAGGGUCUCCAUUUGUAGUGCCAAAAAGGAAACAACUAAUGUAGUAAUGAAGGAAGCUAGCUUUGGUGAAUGA